GGGACCUCGGACCAUCACGAACACCACUCAUUUUCAUUUUUUUUUCUCUUUUUCUCUCUGCGCUCUGCCACUGUCAAAGUGAAAACUUGAUCGCGAGCCAAGCUGAGCUCGCAGGAGGGUUAUCAAGAUGGUGAAUCCAGGAAAACGAAUGAACAUAUUACAAGCCUUACUGGCAAUAAGACAUGGCCCAGGAGCUGCGAUAUUACCGCCUGAUAUUACUCGGAUACAUCUAGAUUUUGCCAAGAGGUGGAAUGACGGCCAUCUAGGACCCAGGAAAUUCUGGAAAGUAUGUCUCCCGCGAUUAAAAUAUUGGAAUCCAGCUGUCCCGAUGCUGGUAAAUCGGACACUGGACCAGACAGCCCCAGCUCAGAUGUCCAUAUAUUUCCGACAAACAGCUCUCUUAUCAGACACACCUUCUGCCUUGAGCACCAAAAUAAGUGCGUUACCAUUAGCGCAACAGCCACAUUCGAGUAUAAUGAACGAACAUCCGGCGCCCGAGCCCGAGGAGGAUGAGCGUGUCGUCAAGAUCGAGAUGAAGGGCCUACAUUCGGAUCAAAUCCUGGCCGAUUUUCUGUCCAAAACCGGCGCCAUCGUAAUCAGCCCCACACCUGACGAGCUGAUGGAGAUGCGGCAGGUCGAGGACCGUGCCGAGAGGGGAGCGGUCGACCGCGCCAUCGUGAAGAAGUAUAUCGACGAGAAGCGUCGCGAGGAGCGCAUGCUCGCUCUAGCCCGCCAAGAGGCCGAGGCUAUCAAGUUGGCCAACCAGUAAGGUGAUAGGUACAGGUAAAGCUGGACGAACUUUCCAUUCCACCUGGUCGGGGGUCCCCCGACUUGUAUACAGUUCGGGAAAAUCACUCGACCGUUGUCAGGAAUGUCGACGACGUGAAAAACUGGACAUGGGCGACAAAUGACCCACAAAGGAUGACGAUGACAACUCUUCGUCUCAUCAUAUGAGGUCGCUUCAUUUUGUACCAAGACGUGUAUCAUACGGUAGCUACCGGCGCCGACCCAAAAAAAAUCUCGAAAGGGAUUUAUUUGUACAUGAAGAAGACGGAAGUAUAUAACGCGGCCAUGAGAAGCAGACGACGCUCCUCAUAUGAAGCAGCAGAAACAGUGGGGAUACAACUACCUAUAUCUGCCUAACUAAAUACAAGAAAGAAAGAAAUUACAGUACGUGAGAGAGAGAAACCGAGAGUGAAUGUUUCCCUUCCCCUUCC